AUGGAGGACUGGGAUCCGCUGCCCCUGGCAUCACAUCGCAUCUCAUUUUCAGCCAUCACCAGGUACCCUGCGAUCCAAGAAGGCCGCCCGAGUCUCUCUCACCAGGUGCCCGGGUCUGAUCUCGACAUGGCCUCCAAUGACGGCAUGAUACUAAGCGCGUUUGAUCUGACCAUCCUCCCGAUAACUGGGAAGAGCAUGGAACCUUCGCAUGCAGAAGCUCCCGGCCAUGGUCAGCACCAGCACCAAUUCGGAACGUACUGUGGCCAAUAG